UUCAGUAAGACAGUUGCGAAGAGUCAGGGGAUCGGGGCUGGUAGGGAAACUCAAAGGUUUCAACUGAAUCCAGGACGGAUAUCCCGGGAUUUUUUGAUUUCAUACUACCCCAAAAUAAAUAUUCUGAACAUGGUGGUGGUAACAGCAGCAGCUGGAGGUCAUAAAGUGCUCCUGAUAUCCGGGAAGCAGUCCGGCUCAACGAGCGGCUCACAGACGGCCUACAGCCGGCAGAUCUCUCUGGUUUUACCGUCAGCGGCCAGCCAGGCGUCGUCGGACUCGGACUCCAACAUGUCCGUGGGGCUGCCAUUACGGAAAAGGCAGAGGCUCACUCAUUUGAGUCCGGAAGAAAAAGCGCUUCGCAGGAAACUCAAGAACAGAGUGGCAGCUCAGACGGCAAGAGACAGGAAAAAGGCCAAAAUGGGGGAACUGGAACAACAAGUUGUAGAGCUGGAACUGGAGAACCAGAAACUUCACAUCGAAAACAGAAAGCUUAGAGAAAAAUCGAGUGGUCUCCUGACAGAAAACGAGGAACUGCGACAGAGACUUGGGUUGGACACCCUUGCAUCAAAAACAAAGGUUCAGGCUCUGUUGUCCACCGGGAACGACGCAGGUUUGGGGAUCGGGUCUUCUGAGUCCGCAGCACUCAGGCUAUGUGUGUCCGCAGCAGGUGCAGGCCCAGCAGUCCCUAAAUCUGAAGACUUCUCAAUGGAUACAGAUUGUCUUGACUCUACAGACAAUGAGUCUGAUCUGCUGCUGGGCAUUCUGGACAUCCUUGACCCAGAGCUGUUCCUCAGGUCUUGCGAGCAGGAGUGCCAGGAGCCGCAGGUGCUGCUGGUUGGAGGGGGGAACCCAGUACCUGCCACCUCACCUGCGCCUCUGGGGGCCUCAUCAGUUAAGCUGGAGACCCUUAAUGAACUCAUUCAAUUUGAUCACAUCUACACCAAGCCAGUAGAGGAGGUGAGCAGCGAGCAAUGCAGCAACUUGGAGAGCAGCACCAAUGAGAAGAUCGACGGGGCCUCCUUCAUUGUUGACGAGGUUGUAGUUGGGGAGGAGACUGUCUGUGUCAAAGAUGAGCCAGAGGAAGUGGUCAUCCCCACCUGCAAAGGUCACAGUCAGGUGGAUGAUCUCUUCCCUGGCACCUCCUCUCCUGCUCUCAGUGUCCUGGAGAAGGAAGCCUGCCUUGUGGACACCUACAGCGACUCUGGAUAUGAAGGGUCCCCUUCCCCUUUCAGCGACAUGUCUUCUCCCCUUUGUUCCCACAGCUCUUGGGAUGACAUGUUUGCCAGUGAACUGUUUCCCCAACUUAUCAGUGUCUGAAUUAAACUCUCCCCAAGAAGUCUAUAAUAUGUCGACAUACUGUAAAUACACAAGCUAAUGUGUAGCAUAAAAUUUUAAGUUGCAGUACUCCUCUGAACUAGCUAAAGUACAGACUAAAUGUAAGUCCAUAAUUUUACAGCAGGUCUGUACCACUGCUAACUCAUUGAGGUGUGGUAGAAUUCAUGAUGGCUCCAUUGUACAGAGGGGUUAAGAUUGCCAACUAAUCUUUCACUCAUUCUUCAGAGUGAAAUGUGGGUGGAUCCAGUAUUUGUACAUUUGUUUGGGGGGGGAAUGGGGACCCAUCAGUUAAAUAUUACACAUAUUUAUUUGUGUAUUGCAUCAGAGUCUAACGUCCGCAUGGUAAAUGUCUUCACUUUUUUGCUCGCUCUCCUUGUAGUCUAAUUUCGGUAUUAAAAAAAUCUUGCAUUGCA